AAAUACAGUUGGAAUGUGAGCAUGUCAAAGUCCAUUGUAGUCCAAUUUCUUUCUUUCUCCACACAUGACCCACCAACCAUUUUAAGCCAUUUCUUAGCACCACUGUGCUUCUAUUCCCCCACCCAGCACAUUGAUUUCUUCAUCCUUUCAUUGGAAUCCGUGACCGCCGGUGCGGUGGACACAGAUCCCCACCUCACUUUCCUACAAUAUAGCACCCUCUCUUGGGUUCAUGGAAACCAGCAACACGGCCAAUAAGUUGCAGAAGAAGCGCAAAUGGUUGCUUUUGUUUGUCUUUUCUCUCUUAUUCUCUACCCUUUUGAUUCUCAUUACGAUCACUUCUUCAUCCACUUCUACCCAGUUGCUCUUUCUCCGGCAGAAUAGGAAUAUCGACCAUUUCCGCCCUCAGUUUCCGCAAUUUGUGGAAUCUAAGUUGCCUAAGCCUGUGGUUUCAGAAAGAACUAUACCUCGUCUUGCGUAUUUGAUAUCUGGGUCUGCAGGGGAUGGAGUGAGCGUGAAGAGAACGCUGAAAGCGUUGUAUCAUCCGAGGAAUCAGUACGCGGUCCAUUUGGACUUGGAGGCGGCUGCUGAGGAGAGGUUGGACCUCAUGAGGUGGGUGAGAAGCCAGAAGCUUUUUAAGGAGGUGGGGAAUGUGAGGGUGAUUGUGAGGUCUAAUUUGGUUACUUAUAGAGGUCCUACAAUGGUUAGUAAUACCCUUCAUGCAGCGUCCAUCUUGUUAAAGGAUGGUGGGGACUGGGAUUGGUUUAUCAAUUUGAGUGCUUCCGAUUAUCCCUUGCUCACUCAAGAUGAUCUGCUUCAUAUUUUAUCUACAAUUCCAAGAAACCUUAAUUUUAUUGAGCAGACCAGUGACAUUGGUUGGAAGGAGUAUCAGAGGGCCAAGCCUGUCAUAAUUGAUCCAGGGUUGUACAGCCUACAAAAGUCAGAUGUUUAUUGGGUGUCAGAAAAAAGGAGCGUGCCAACAGCGUAUAAGCUGUUUACAGGUUCUGCUUGGAUGAUGCUUUCUCGACCUUUUAUGGAAUAUUGCCUAUGGGGUUGGGACAACCUCCCAAGGAUAGUCCUCAUGUAUUACGCGAACUUCCUUUCUUCUCCUGAGGGGUAUUUCCACACAGUUAUCUGCAACGCCGAGGAGUUCAAGAACACGACUGUCAACCACGAUCUUCACUUCAUAUCUUGGGACAACCCUCCAAAGCAACACCCACAUUUUCUCACUGUUGAUGACUACCAGAGGAUGGUUGACAGCAAUGCCCCAUUUGCAAGGAAAUUUGGCAAGAACGACCCGGUUCUUGACAAGAUUGAUUCUGAGAUUUUGGGUCGUGUUGCUGAUGGGUUUGUACCAGGUGGGUGGUUCAGCAAUGAAGGAGAUGCAAAUGGGACUAUCCCAGAUAAUAUCAAAACAAACACCACUAAACUUAAGCCUGGUCCUGGUGCUCAAAGGUUCAAGCGUCUGAUCACCAAUCUUCUAUCUGCAGAAGAUUUUCACUCAACUCACUGCAUCUGACUUUGUCAUUAUCUGAUGUAAAGGGAAACAACGUUGCAGAUUGAUGGAUCCUUUCCACUGGUAACGGAUGAUUCUAAUGGGAGAAAUAACAAGGAACAAAUGGGUGAAGGAAACUACGCCCUGUCUAAAAGCAUAUGUUAUACACAUAUUUUUGUAGCUGAAAAUAGCUGGAUAGGCCACCUGUAGAUAGAGUGUAUUAUCCCAUUUUACAGCAUUUAUAAAAUGGCAGCCACUUUUGCUUUUAUCAAUUCUAAUAAAUGUCUGCCAUUCAGUGCUUUCAUCAA